UCCUUGCUUUAUCCUGGUUGAAGCGGACAUAGGCUAGCUUAGGAAAUAUUGUAAAACUUGAAUAUUGUCGGAUUAGGAGUAGGUCUACACGACUGGAGACUAAUGCACAAUUCGUGUGUUGUAUUGUACCAGAAAGGAAUAAGAUGUUGUAGAACUCUGUGCUGCCGUCUUCACAAACAUUCCAUGAGAUAACCAAGAUCUCACCAUGACCAGGAUCAGACAUGAGGCGGCCAUUUGUUUAUGUUUUCUUGCAUUGGCCUUUGCCAUAGCAACCGUCCGAGGAAUUGAAGAAGUGUGUGUGAAAGAAGGUACUCAGUACCAUGGAACCAGAAACUUCACGAGCACUGGCCUGUCCUGUAUACCAUGGAAAGAUAUCCAGCCAACAUUAUCUGGAGCCUUGUUUCCAGAAUCAAAUGUAGAUGAUGCCAAGAACUAUUGUCGGAACCCAGAGAAGAAAAUCGACGAUUACACCCCCUAUUGUUACAUUGAUGCAAGGACGACUGCAUCUUGUAACAUUGAUAAGUGUUAUGACAAGAAAGGAUUUGAAUUGACAUCCCAGACAUGUGCGAUAACAAUAGAUCAGACGGGGUUCACGAACGGGGAUUACAAAUCUGUCUUCUCAAAAAAUCAUCCCCUUAUGACUAAAGACAUAGGAUUUCCGGGAUGUACGGUGAAAUUUGAUGCGUGUGUUAACUGUAGAUACUACGUUACGGUUGAGGCCAAGUUGCCUGUCUGCAAAGGUGUCAGUGCUGGAUCUCAUCCACUGAAAUGUCCUGGCAAUUGUCAGAGUAUCGCCGUAUUUGAUGGAUCGUACAACACAACGCAAGGAAAGGUGUUCGUGCGGGCCCCAGGGACACCUGAAGACGUUGUUGGCGAAUAUUGGACAACAUCUAAUAGCCUUCAACUUAAAUACUGCCAGAUGAAUUCAAAUGCAGCAGCGCAAGCGGUGGCCUUUAUGAUCACGGUCUACACGACCACUAAAGAGGAGCAUCUCUCAAGCAGCAGCGGGGUGAUCAAGUCGCCUAACUUCCCAUAUGGGUACUUCUCUCGCAGUGAGAUCUAUAUGUAUUCCGUCCAAGCACCAGUCAUCGAUUCCAACAUGACUCUUCUCUUUUAUGACUGGGAUCUCAAUGCCAGCGCCGGCAGCAAAGUCACUAUCAAAUGGGGCCGUGGUAACCUGGCAGAUUCUGUGCAAUAUAUCGCCAGCAGCGUGAGACUCCUACGGCCAGCUCUCUUCAUCCCCUCGACGGAGUUCACGAUCACGUUUGAGACUGGUUCAGUUACCAACUGGCAGCAGGAUCAGGAGGUUGGAUUUCUGGCGAGAUUUAACACUUACGAUGGACCUUUUUGGGUAGAAGAACCAGAUACGCGCUGUGGUGACUACCUGUCGGUUUCUGCGAGCCGUGGCGGCAACCUGACCUACAGUGAGACGCGUGCAGACACAAAAACAACUUAUUACAUCGACUGUAUCUGGGUGGUAGAGAUCCCAAAACUUUACACCAAAUUACAAUAUCAGCUCCUCGAGUACAAAAAUGAUCCAGAAGCCAAGUUGUCUCUGACCAUUCGUAACGGAUUAACGAGCGAAGCUCCAACUGACAUCGGAUUGGAUGCUUCAAAGCGAGUUGCCAGUAAACCUGGCAUUUUCCUGCAUCUAAGUGGAUCUUACAUGAAAUUUGUGUCUCUGAAUGUGGCAUUUGUGACAUAUGCUGAACCCUCUCCUGUUUCAACAUGUUCUCACAUCCCGGGAGCCUUCUUCUGCCCAGAGUAUAAUUUCUGCCUCAGUAACCAGCUGUUUCAGGAAUGGGGUGUGUCGAAGUGUCAAGUAGACAAAGUAGACCCCACAGUUUCUCCGGUCGUCUGUAAUGCUUAUGGCAAGCAUGCUUGUAAGGAUAAAAGUUUGUGUUACACGACGAUUGAGCAGUGUAAUGGUGAAAAAGACUGCAAAGAUGGAAGUGACGAAGAGGACUGUCAGCCCCUUGGACGACCUGUCAGAGAAGAUAGUAGUGUGGCUGCUAUUGUGGCACCCAUAGUGAUAGUAUUCAUCGUUGUCCCAAUCCUCAUUGUGGCAGUCUACCUUUGCAAGAAGAAAUUGGAUGAGAGGAAAGAUGAAGAAUUGAUGACAAAUCGGCAAGGGUUAAUCGAAAGUAAUGGUGGGCAAACCGUUCAAGGUUUUGACAACCUUGGAAUGGAGAUGGAUGAAGUACCCAUCAGUAUGAUAGCCAGAGAGGAAAAGGCGUUGAGUCGGGCCAACUCACAGCAAUUGUUGGGUCCUGAUAGGGAUUCUGUGGUGGUUCAUGGCGCGUCCAGACCUGGCCCACCAAGGGAGACUCAAUCAUACAGGGUGCAAUCACCCUUUGAUAAGACAGUACCUCCUGCCCGAGGCGCUCACUCUUACAGAUUUCCAAAUGACUAUGAUGCCACCUCUGACCUACCAGAGGCAGAGUCACUUACUAACCCCAGGAGGUCUGAUCCACCUUAUGAAAGGCCACCUCCAGUCCCUACUGGGGCCCCUCCAGAUGACCGACAGCACCAGUAUCGGAAACGCAAUGAGAAACCGAUGACGUUGGCAGACUAUCGUCCUGGUGGCAAUCCGAAGAAGCGUCAACCCUCGUAUACUGAAGAUCGUACCCCAGAAGGGAGAUCGUUCAGCGGAGAUCAGCCACAGAGAUAUCCUCCACCACAUCGAGUCAAUGACGGACCGAGAUCACCUGGCGAUGGUGCUAGUGGCAACCAUCUACCAGUGCGUGAACGUGGAGAGAAGUCCCAGCCAAGACGCCGUGGAGACCAGUUGCCUGGAAGAGAAACACAGUCUUAUCGACAUCCACCAACUGAUAACGAUUAUGAUCCCAAGCCAGCACAGAGGCCAAGUCGCUCGUACCGAUUUGAACCAGAUAACCCAGAGGUUGUGUUAAAACCUGAUUACCGACGAGGUCAAGAUGUGCGGCCAAAAUCUCGCCCAAAGGAGAUAGGCGGUGCCCACAAAAAGACUCUAGGCCAGUACAAGCCAAAUGGCAGAGACCCACGAGAUCCUAAACCGCCAAGAGAUCUACAACUGAAGGACGAUCCUGGGCAAUAUAAACCACGAAGGUAUGACCAGUUGCCCGACAGGCAGACGCAGUCGUAUCGUGUUCCUUUACAGUCGUAUGAUGAUGCAGCAGAUCCUGCUGAUGAGCUGCGAUCAAAAUCGUACAGGUUUGCAGAUUCACAGUCAGAAUUAUCACGGACUCCUAAUGCUGGUGCAGCUCCAAAGUCACCAACUCAUGUAAAUAUUGAAAUUUCAGGGACAACCUCAAUAUAAGCGUCAACCAUGCACUAUUAAAAAAUAUGACAUUCUGUGACAGCCUGUACACUUUUAUCAAAUGUUUGCUUGGCCAAUUAUUGUGUACGGAUUAUUGGUUGUAUUACAAAACAUUUUGAUAGUAUUUGGUCAAAAUGCACAAAAAUGACGUGUUCAGUUACUGGUAUUGAAAUAUGCAAAAAUUGUCUUGUAAAUCAUCGAAGAGAAAUAUUUCUUCAAUGCUUACUUAGGACAGGCAGUCUGCUGUUGAUCAUAUGUGAUAAAAUCAUGACUGUAGAAUGUUUGAGGUUAUGAGGGAUUAGUAUGAAAUUUAUGUCCUUAGUUUCAAAAGAUUUGAGCUGAACAUGCUGAACUACACUUGUUUGUAUUACUUGUGGAAGUCACUCCUGUUGAGAUAUUCUCAAAUAUUGAAUAAGAGUUCAUUUUUGAAAUGGUUUUUUCAGAUAGGGGAUUUUUAUUGGGACUUGUGAAAUUUAAAUAAGUUUUAGAUUGAUCUUAUUGACUGUGUUUAUCUGUAUAUAUUCAGUGGAAAAAUGUGUAAAUACCUUUCUCUAUUGAGGUUUGAGCCGUAUGUGUAUAUUUUGUAUUGAUGUUUUCAUGUUGCCUGUGUAUUGCCUGUUUUUAGAUGUUGACAGUUUGCGGUAGAGCUACGUAUGUACAAGGCCUUGACAUGUUUGAUGGGCAUUGUCUGAAAUUUGACCAAUGUCAAAAGAUAUUUUGUUUUAGGUCUGGUAAAAAAGCCUGGGAUAUUUUUUGUGGCAUAUUUGAGCGUAGGAGCAGGGUGUGUGAAAUUUAUUGUAUGACAUAUCGCCAGGGAUUAAACAUGAAACAUUCCAAUAUUUCAAAGACAAAAAAUUACAUUCCAUCCAAGAGUUAUUUUGUUUUAGGUCUGGUAAAAAGCCUGGGAUAUUCUUCGUGGCAUAUUUGAGCGUAGGAGCAGGGUGUGUGAGAUUUAUUGUAUGACAUAUCGCCAGGGAUUAAACAUGAAACAUUCCAGUAUUUCAAAGACAAAAAAUUACAUUCCAUCCAAGAGUUAUGUUACAAAUUUAGUUAUAUCAAUCAUCAUUCCAUUCAUUUAUCAAGAUUAUUCUUGAAUCCAUCCAGAUUGUUUACCUAGGAAAGUAGUUUUGACAAAGUAAACUGGUAGUGGUAUACAGGCCCCGAAUAUCAGAAUUAUCAGGGCACUUAAUUUAUUUAGAAUCAUUUUCACCUUUGGUGAUUGAAAAUGUGAGGGAAGAUUGAUUGUUGGACCACCAACAACCAAGGCUGAUGAUAACACAGUUCUGGCCUUAGUGGCCUUAGUUAAAUUCAAGCCCUCUGUAUAAUAAACUAUCAGUAUCAGUUGGGAAGUAAAAAUUUUACUAUUUGAAGUAAAUAGCUGACUUGCCCUCUACCCAGUAGAUUGCACUGAUGUGUUUUAUCCAAGGAUUAUCAUCUGUUGUGUUUUAAAGUACUGAUCCUCCCUAAAGUUGGGCUUCAUAGUUCGAUGGGAUCAGCUACGUAUAGGUUGUCAACGGACUUCAGACUUGAACCUUGAUCUAUCUUGAGACCUUUCAGUAGAACUUGGAUGAGCUGCUCAGUCACUGCUACAGCUUGAGCAUUUCUAACCAGUAGUCAUUCAUACACCUGCGUAAGGCAAGUUGAACAAAGAGACCUGCCCAAUGCAUGGGGUUUGAACCAGGGUCCUUUUGACCGCUGGCCGAGCAUCUGAGCCACCAGUCCACAGUGGCCUCCUGCAAUGGACACUCUUGACCCGAAAAUGCUGUCCUGAAUCCAGAGGUGAUACUGAUUGGUUGUGACAAUCUUUGGACUCAAAUUAGUGUCCUUGGUAGAUUGGGUAUCCUGUUAGUUUAAGCAUCGGCGAAGCCUGAGGGACAUUCCAUUGUUAUGUAGAUCCAUCCGACAUAUCAAAUAUUGUAAUUCCAUCCAGUAUGUAUCAUUUCAUUAUUAAAAGAAUUCUGUUAACCCCUUUAUUAUUGCGGCCCCAAACUUGUGUAUAUGACUAGUAUAUACACAAAUUUCACUACGAGAAUAAAUGGAAUUUCAGUUACCGAACCGUUCGAUGACAGCAUGAUUAUUUUUGAAUUGUUUUCAUGCUCUUUAAUGUUCAUGUUUUAAUCCUCUCAUGCAGCAAUUAGGCUCGCAAAAAUAAGGGAUUACAUUAUGUCUUUACCAUGUUCGUCCACUAUCUGCACUGAUUCCAGCCAGAAGGUUUGUUAUCAACUUCCGUUCAUCCAUCCAGAAUAAUCCUGCCAUAAUUAUCCAGUUCAUUUACUGUGGCCAAUCGGCAUUCUAGCGAUCUAUAAGCUUUCUGUACAUAUGAUAAUGUUUUAAUCAUUCAAGUAAUUUUUACAUGUGUGUUAACUAUAUUCCAUAUUAUUUGCUUAACCUAUGUACUGCAUUUAGAUGUCAUCGUGAAAGCUUAUAUUAUCAUCUUGUUCUGCAAGACCUAAUUUUUUAAGGGCGUUUUAUUUUGCAAACAACUUUUAUCAUCAAAAAUUAUAAAAAUUGAAAAAAACAUUGAAUUGGAAAUUAGUAUCCGUGAGGGAUUGAUAUGUGCUUCACCAAAGGAUCACACCAAAAUAUAUGUGUACAGUAAACCACAAAAAUGUUGCAUCUUUUUAUUGUUGUGGUUUGUGGAAACAGUUUCACAAUCUAUAUUUUCGUAAAUCAAGAUUAUGAGCGAAAUCUGUAAAAAUAAACUGCUUCUGGAAAUGUUGCAGUUAACUGUCCCAAUAACUGUACCCUCUGGUAUCCCUGAGCAGUGGAACUAAGUAGAAAUUGUAAAUUCAAUGUGAAUUUCACAUACAUGUAUUUGUAGCUUGUUUGAAUACUCCUGCCGUGUUUCCCCGAACACUCAUUAAGAUUUCAAGGCGACUUAAGUUUACAAAUGUCGCGCCAGACCCGAGUUUACCACAUUAACUGUAGCGACAGGUUGCGAUUUUGGAGAUUGGAUUUAAGCAAUUUGUUAAAUAUCAAUGUAUGAAAUAAAACCAGACGUCCUUCUGUGAUAUUGUACUCGCAUCAACUACAAUUGUAUCUGGCAUACUUCUAUUUCCCAUCAUAGUUCUGCGAAAUAGCAAACUCUCUUGCCCCAUGUGGAAUUGAUUUUCUCACUUGCAAAUUGCAUCGUCUGCCAUCUUGUGGCAAAAACAUGUAACUUUCCCGAAAUAACCUGCUCUGCAAGUGCAAGGUGCACUUCAGGCCAUGGUGUUGAGGUCACUGGGUGGGGAAGGCUGUGGCACUAACAUGUAAAGGUACAGCAAUCAGACACUCUAUAAAAUUUGAGAAGACCUUUCACCAAUCCAUCCAUAUUUGAUGUUUGUAUAUUCUAAUGUAUCAAGCCUUGAGAAUUAUGAUUUUUAAUAUAAUGAAUAUAUAUUUAUCAUGCAAAUAA